AUGCCUCGACGCUCCCGUGCCCGUGAAUACGAUGAGGAGGAUAUGUACGAGGCUGAGCGUGAUGUGUAUCCACGGCGGGGUAGAGACGACCGAUUCUUCGAGGAGGAUAUCAGAUACAAGCGUCGAGGACCCGAUGCACCCCCUACUGAGAAGCUCGAGCGCUUGCAUCUUCAAGCACAACGAGGACCUGAGAUUCUUCGUGAAUUUCAAGACUAUCCCCCAGAAUUGGCACCACCGAGCAUGAGGCGCGAACCCGAGUUCCUUGACCCACUUCCACGAGAGAGACCGCGCGGCUAUGAAAGAAAUAGAGAUGAAGUUAUUAGUCGUCGGGGAAGACCCCGUUCGAGGGAGUUAGAUAUGGAGGAAGAGGUCGUCUUUCGCGACGAAACAGACAGGAGGUACACUGACAGUGAGUCGGAUAAGGAUAUUGUCGUCGUACCAAAGAAAGACCGAUCGGUAUAUCGACGCAAAUACGAGAUUCCCAAGGAGCCCAAGCCUCGCAGUAGAAGUCUCUUGGAGGAAAAAAUGGUGCGAGAAUCAGACUAUGAGCAAGACAGCUUAUUACUUCCAAAAGACCCGGCGAAGGCAGAUCAUCGAAGGCACCGAAGUGGCCCAUUCUAUGAAACGUCUUCACGGUCACGACACAAGCACCGGUCACACCGGCACAGAAGCAUCGAUGAAGCUGACGACGAACUCGAUGAGGAAGUAGAUAAAGAGAAGCUUCUCACCCGGGAAGCUAGGAAGAGAAGACCAGCCAGAAUUGUUGAAGAAGACAUCUUCGAACGUCGAGAAAGAUCGUCGUCUCCUGAGGUCGCGAUCCCUAGGGUUCCAUCGCCGGUCCAGGUGCUGCCGGUGCAUGAAAGACAUGUCCACGAGAGUCGUCGAAAGGUCUACCCACCCCGAGCUCCCAGCCCCGAGAUUGUGUUGACGGAGGCAGAGAUUCGCCAACGUGAGAGAGGCCGGAAGGGGAGAUCGGACAACGAAGAGAUUCUCAUUGUCAAACGAGAAGACGAGGAAGACUUUCCACCAUCUCGACGCCCUUCAGCAGAUCCUUACCGACGAGAGAAGCCUGUGCCCAUUGACCCUCCCAGGCCAAGGCCACUGGAGCGCGAAAAAGACAAGCUUACUAUAAUACGCCGCGAUGGUAGUCGGGAGUCGCUGGUGGAGGAAGAGUUUGAUGAAGAGGAAGUUUACAGGUCUCGCGGUCAUGACUUUCCACCAAGGAAAGAAAUGAAAGCGACGGAAGAGCUGAAAAUAGUCACGACUCCGCCCAGAGACAAGUCCUCAACAAGAACCGAGAUAGUGACUCAAGAAAUCAAACCAUCACGAUACACAGAUCGUGAGUCCAAGCUGGUAACUAAAGACGUGAAGGAGUCUGACGAUAUCCCGGAUCGACAACCUGGGAGAAUAGGGCGACGAUAUGUAGGCAUCAAAGACCGCCGAGAAAGCCUGUGGACGGAAAUUACGAAGGACCUGGUGGUGAAGGAAGCGCUGGAGCGGUCUGGCUAUGAGUAUGAGGAGACGGGGUCUUUCUAUUACAUAUUCUCCUACCUUGAACAGGAGGACGUGGAUGCACUGAUUGAGCUUUCGGAGGACAUUCGGCGUGCACGCCGGCGUCGGAUCCAAGAGAUCCACCGCGAGCGAGCAUCGAUGCCUCUUGGGCCUCCUCCGCUAAUGGCUACAGCGGACAAAACAGGCCCCCUGCUUCUGGAUCAUCCAGCAGGUCCUCCCCGCUUUGUUCGGGAUGAGCGGAGAAAGAAAGAGCGGGAUGUAGUCGUCGAGGGCAACCGCUGGCGGCCACCUCCACGCUCGGAGCGGUGGUGA